CCCCCGGCGGCGCGCCCCCGCGCGCGCACACACUUGCACACCUUUCCUCUGCUCCUGCCCAGCCUCGCCUGGCCCCCGCUGAAGCACCCUUGGGGGCCCGAUGCCAUGGGUAACAACUUCUCCAGUGUCUCCUCUCUGCAGCGAGGAAAUCCGAGCCGCGCGUCGCGGGGCCACCCCCAGAACCUCAAAGACUCCAUCGGGGGCUCCUUCCCGGUCACCUCUCACCGAUGCCAUCACAAACAGAAGCACUGCCCUCCUGCGCUGUCAGCCGGGGGGCUCCCGGCCACCCCGUUGCUCUUCCACCCCCACACUAAGGGCUCCCAGAUCCUCAUGGACCUCAGCCACAAGGCCGUCAAGAGGCAGGCCAGCUUCUGCAAUGCCAUCACCUUCAGUAACCGCCCAGUGCUCAUCUACGAGCAAGUCAGGCUGAAGAUCACCAAGAAGCAAUGCUGCUGGAGUGGCGCCCUGCGACUUGGCUUCACCAGCAAGGACCCUUCCCGAAUCCAGCCCGACUCGUUGCCCAAGUACGCCUGCCCUGACCUGGUGUCUCAGAGUGGCUUCUGGGCCAAAGCUUUGCCUGAGGAGUUUGCCAACGAGGGCAACAUCAUUGCCUUCUGGGUGGACAAGAAGGGCCGCGUCUUCUACUGUAUCAACGACUCGGCGGCCAUGCUUUUCUUCAAUGGCGUCCGCACGGCUGACCCACUCUGGGCCCUGGUGGAUGUCUAUGGCCUCACGCGGGGCGUCCAGCUGCUAGACCCUGGCACGCUGCGGCCGGCCGACCUGCCCUUCAGCCCCGAGGCCCUAGUGGACCGCAAGGAGUUCUGGGCGGUGUGCCGCGUGCCUGGGCCUCUGCAUAGCGGCGACAUCCUGGGCCUGGUGGUCAACGCCGACGGAGAGCUGCACCUGAGUCACAACGGCGCGCCGGCCGGCAUGCAGCUUUGCGUGGACGCCUCGCAGCCCCUCUGGAUGCUCUUCAGCCUGCAUGGCGCCAUCACGCAGGUCCGCAUCCUCGGCUCCACCAUCAUGGCUGAACGGGGUGGCCCAUCUCUCUCCUGCUCACCUGCCUCCACUCCGACCUCGCCCAGUGCCCUGGACAGCCGCCUCUCUGACCCCCUACCCAGCACCUGCAGUUCUGGGCCUCUGGGUGGCUCUACUGGUGGGACGGCCCCCAACUCACCUGUGAGCCUGCCCGAGUCACCGGUGACCCCAGGGAUGGGCCAGUGGGGCGAUGAGUGCACCAUUUGCUAUGAACACGCAGUGGACACAGUCAUCUAUACGUGUGGACACAUGUGUCUGUGCUAUUCCUGUGGCCUGCGCCUCAAGAAGGCCCUGCACGCCUGCUGCCCCAUCUGCCGGCGCCCCAUCAAGGACAUCAUCAAGACCUACCGCAGCUCCUAGCCCACUGCAGAGCCCCGCCCGAACCCCCACUUCUGCAGAUUUCGGCCCAGCACCAACUAAGGGCGAAGCCAACAGGGUCCCUUCUCUUCCACGUUUUGAAAACUCUUCCUCCUUUUCCAUUAAACAUGGGAAACCAAGGUCCCUGAAGGUUUGGGCUGAGAGGGUCUGAGGCAGGGAGGUGGGGGCACAGGUAGUACCUAAUGAAUGGAGGGGAGGGGAGAAGGCUACCCCACAGUCUCCCUCUCUACCCAGACUUCUGCACUGUGAGGGGCUGAAGCGGAGUCUCAACUUGUUGCCAUCCCUCACUAUCUAGGCAGGUUUCUAAGUUGUGCAGCCCGUGUGGUGCCUUGGAGAGAGCGAACAUGUAGCCUUCCCUGGGCAGCGUGGGAGGAGGCCAGUGGACUCUUCCCUCCUUGGGCAGCUGCACACUGCAUGCCCUGUCUCCUCCUCCUCCUUACCCAGAGUGGGGGAACAGACAGGCUGCACAAGAUCCCAGGUCCUAGGUCCUCGACCUUGUGCCGACCCACCAUGUUCAGGACCUCUCCUUGCCAUAACUUGCACCAAUCAUCUCACUGGUGCCGCUGCCUAAGGUGCCCAUUCAGUAUAGGCUGAGGUGGGCCUUUCUGUUGUCAGGGUCCCAAAGAGCAGGUCCACAGCCACCCCUAAGGCCUGUCCUCCCUCAUCUCAGUGCCAGCCUUGGCCUGGGCUGAUCCUGCCAUUUGUGCCCAGGAGGGACAGGGGCCCUCAGUAGGGUGGGGGUUUCCUGGGCUAUGGACAGCCCUUUUCCUCAUUUUAAUUUAUUUAUUUAUUGGGUUUAUGAGUUUUGUUUGUGGGUUAAUUCCAACCUGGGGGCUCCUAAAAUUCUACUGUUGGGAGGUUGCUAGGUAAGGGGCAGUAGAGUAGCCACUCAGAAUCUCCCCCAGGCACUGACACAGGCUCAUGGGCAGUCCUGCUAACCCCGAGGUGGAACUCCAGGCUGGAGGCCUCCCAAGAGGUGGACGGGCCUCUCUUGGAUGGGAAACCACUGAUGUCCACCUGUGCCCUUCCUCCCUGGGUGGGAGCUAAGUUAGUGUGAUUGGUUCAAGGUCAUCUGUACUCCAGGAGUCCUCCUCUAUAAAGACAUCAAAAAUUCUGCAAGGUUGGGGAAGAUUGUGGACAUGUGGGCCAGGGACCAGAAUGGAGACCCUCCCUGAUUAGAAGGAGGAUGGGUCCUGAAGGCAGGCCCCUGGUCCUGCUAAGGGAGUGUCCCUCACUCUUGGGCUACUGCCUCUGCAGCCCUCCCUGCCUGUUCUGGGUUACUGUGGAGUCUUAGCCUAGGUCCUCCCAGCCCCUCAGCCAUUGGCCCUCAGACGGCUGGUUUUAUACCCUCAGAGAUGGCUUCUGCCUUGACAGACAGGGGCUAGGACUCUGUCCUGGCCACUGGCCAGUCCUGCCACCCUGGCCAGAGGUCACCCUCCAAACCUCAGCUUCCCCUGUGUAAAGUGGUUUGGGGGUGGAACACUCUGAGUGUGAUUCCUGGGGGUUCUUUUGGGAUGUCUCUUAGGAGGACGUACUGGGAAGGCAUUGAGAAUGGUGCCAGGGUGGGCAUUUGCCGGCACUGGCCUUCCAGGGAGGGACCCAGGGAAUCUUUGCCUCCCUGGGUCUCGCCUCUCAGUCACUGGACCUCGUAGACCCUUUCUGUGAGAGCAGGCUGGAGCUGGUAAGUUGCCCCAUCUAACUGGGGGCUCAUCCUAGAGAUGGAGAAAGUCUGAUGGGGCAGAGCUGUCUGGCUGGAGGUGUGAAAAGAAGCCAUCGCUGUCCAUUUUGCUACUACGGAGGGCGUUCUGCCUCCUUCGUGAACUGGGUCACUGUGCUUGUGAAUAAAGGUGAUUUCGUACCAGC